UACAAUUUCUAUAACCCAAUCGAAGCUAUGGCGCCACAACAAGCGACCUCAAAGACCACCUCGUUGGCGUUCAACAUCCAUCGCCGGGAGCCAGAGCUAAUCUGUCCGGCCAAGCCAACACCAUGUGAGCUCAAGAUCCUCUCCGGCAUAGACCAUCAAGACUUCAUACGAUGCCACCUUCGUAUGAUCUUUUUCUUCCGACACAACCCUUUGACCAAAGGCAACGGUAAUAACAACCACUCCGACCCCGUAGAAGUGAUACGCAAAGCUCUAGCCGAAACGCUCGUUUACUACCACCCGUUUGCCGGCCGGCUCCGUGAAGGACCUGACGGGAGCCUGUCGGUGGACUGCAACGGACGAGGCGCGUUGUUUGUGGAGGCGGAUGCUGAAAUGGCGCUCGAUGAGUUCGGUGAUCUUUGCCCUCCUUUCCCUUGUUUGGAGGAGCUUCUGUUUCAUGACGAGGGUCCGAGGGGGUUCCUUCACUCUCCCUUGCUUCUUCUUCAGGUUACGCGGUUAAAAUGCGGAAGCUUUAUCCUCGCAUUCAGCUUCAACCAUGCCAUAUGUGACGGUGCCGGUCUAGGAAUAUUCUUAAGAACACUCGGGGAAUUGGCGAAUGGUGCAAACGUGCCAUCCAUCCCACCCGUGUGGGACCGCCACCUAUUGGGCGCAUGGGUCCCACCGCAUGCACACGAGGACGUCCACGUGGCUAGUGAUACCACUCCACACCACGAAUCCGUGGUCCAACGCUCGUUCUUCUUCGGCUCAACGGAGAUCUCAGCCAUACGUAGACUCGUCCCGUCUGAUCUCCAUGGCCGCAUCACCACCUUCGAACUGUUGGUGUCAUUCCUCUGGCGCUGUCGAACCCUCGCCCUGAGACUGCCCCCAGACGCCGAAUCGCGUCUCAUGAUCGCGGUUAACGCACGUCCCCUUUUCCGAAACCGGCCGUUACCGCUGGGCUACUAUGGGAACGCCGUCGUGUUUCCGGUGGCCAUAGCCACUGCCCGAGAACUAUCAGAACAGCCUCUAGUAUACGCUAUAAGACUGCUGCAAGAUGCAAAAUCCAGCGUGACGGAGGAGUACGUGUGGUCCGUGGCCGGUGGCUUAGGAACAAGAGGUCGGAAACACCAGACCAUGUCGGAGACGUUCUUUGUAUCCGACGCGAGACAUCUCGGCUUGGACCAGGUCGACCUGGGGUGGGGCCAGCCGGUAUACGGCGGGGCCGCGGGGGACGGUUUGGGGGGCUUUGACGGAGCCAGCUGGCUCGUACGGUGGAAGAACAAGAAUGGUGAGACGGGAAUCAUCGUGCCUGUUUUAUUGCCGGAGCCGGCGACGGAGAGGUUCGCCGAACAGCUCGCUCUUGUCUUCAACAACGACGGCUGUAGCAAACCUUUGAGACCUUCGCUCUAGGGAAAAAAAUACGGAGAGAAAUUAACAAUAAAAAAAUUAAAUGAUGCAGUAAGUAACAUAGUCACAUAUGAAGGGUUAUUUAAGGUGUUGUUACAAAAAGCCGUUCAAGGGAUACUUGGCAAUUGUUGUCAGUGGAAGGUAAAAAGACGUACCGUA